AUGGUUCCUAAAAUCCAUUUCAGAGAACCAAGAGUAGGAACCUUCACUGAAUUCAUACAACAAGCGAUUCAAAUAAUAAAUACUUAUGAUGAUACUACGUUUGGAGAUUUCAUCGAUAUUUUAGAUGAAGAAGUUGGAAACUAUCAUUAUAGAGGAUGUAAGUUCUCUGAACUUACUAAAAACCAUGAUACUGGAAGGGUGUUGCAAGCUAAACUGAACUUGAUCAGUGGUUUACCGGUACCACAAACAAGAACUAAUAUCAAUGCUUUUGCCGAUAUACUCAGACACGAAAGAUAUAACAAAAAAGUCAAGGAAUUUGUUGAUUUUAUCAAUUCUUUGUAUGGACCCGAAACUCUAGACAAAUUCGAAAAGAUCUUAAAUGAAUUAGAAUAUUACAGCAAGCCCAAAGUUAGAAGACUAGAAAGUAAUCUGGCGCACGUUGUAAAAGAUGGUCUAAGGACUUUAAUAUUCGAUUACUAUACAAAUUUACAUGUGAACGCUAAAAUAGCAUUGAAAGAAAAAAUACAGACGAUUUUGAAUCAAAUUCAAACAACGCCAACUUCAGCUUCUAACAUAAACCGUAUUCCUUAUGUUCCGUAUUCUACUAAUGACUUCAAUGUAUCAGCGAAUGUGAUAACAUUCCCUGUACAUGAGUUCAUUCCUGCACACGUAACAUCUGAACCUAGAGCAGAAGAUAGAGAAUCCAGUAAUGAUUUGAAAGAAGCAUCUAGUAUGAAAGCAAGAGCUAAGAAACGAGAGAAAGUAGACUUAAAGCAGAAAGAUGUCGAUUUACAUAUGGGAUCAGAAGAUGUUUUAGACUCGUCUUCUAAUUCCAUAGAGUAUUUCCAGGAGAAACUACGUCACGUUUAUACACAACGUUACGAGACUUUAGUUACAGAAGGCUUUGACGAAGUCCAUUCGGACGAUGAAACAGAUACAAGCGAGCGAAUGAUGAAUCUGACAAAACUAAUCAAAUAG